AAAGAAAGAAAACGACGAUAACUUUUUGAAAUUUGCAGUGUCUCUCAACUUCACCACCAUUACAAAAACCCUUCUUCUCCAACUCUCUCUCUCUGUUUUUUGUUUAACAGUCUCUUAAUCUUCACUACUGAAUGCAUAGUCUCACCACAACCCUAAAUUCCCCAUUCACUUUCCCACCAUCCAAACACUAUAAUUGCCAUGCUCCUCAUUCUUCCCCACAUUUUCAUCCCUUCUCCCCUCAAAACCCUACACAUUUAACCAUCUCAAACAGCACCAUUAACCGCUGCUGCUCUACCGCUCUUGGCCGGGCAGAAUACGGCGUCGUUCAGGAUUGGAAAUUGAGGAGCGUUGGUGUUAAAAAUAUCGAUGUUGCUACAUUAGGUAAUCUCUGCGUGGAUAUUGUUCUUAAUGUUCCCGAAUUGCCCCCUCGCUCUCCGGCCGCUCGGCAGGCUUACAUGGAACGCUUAGCUUCUACUCCUCCUGACAAGCGGUAUUGGGAAGCUGGCGGUAACUGCAAUAUGGCCAUAGCAGCUGCGAGAUUAGGACUUCGUUGUGCCACAAUUGGUCAUGUAGGCGAUGAAAUUUAUGGGGAGUUCCUCCUUGGUGUGCUUCGUGAUGAGGGGAUUCAAAUGGUUAGCAUGAGUGAAGAUGUUGAUGGUACCGACAGUUCUAGUUCCUUUUACGAGACACUUCUAUGCUGGGUUCUUGUAGACCCUCGGCAAAGGCAUGGCUUUUGUAGUCGAGCUGAUUUUUCUAAGGAGCCUGCUUUUGUCUGGUUGAGCAAAUUAUCAGGAGAAGUAAAGAUGGCUAUUAAGCAAUCAAAAGUCCUGUUCUGCAAUGGUUAUGGCUUUGAUGAACUCUCUCCUGCUUUGAUUAUCUCGGCUGUAGAUUAUGCUGUUGAAGUUGGGACAUCUGUGUUUUUUGAUCCUGGGCCACGUGGAAGGAGUCUUUCUUCUGGAACUCAAGAAGAGCGAGAAGCGCUUCAUCAUCUCUUGAAGAUGAGCGAUGUUCUUCUUCUAACGUCUGAUGAGGCUGAGUCACUUACUGGCAUAGGAGACCCAAUAUUAGCAGGGCAGGAGUUGCUUAGAAAUGGAUUACAUACAAAAUGGGUGAUUGUGAAGAUGGGUCCCAAGGGUUCAGUUCUGGUCACUAUGUCAAGUAUAUCUUGUGCUCCUGCGUUCAAGGUGAAUGUCAUGGACACAGUUGGGUGUGGAGACAGUUAUGUAGCUGCUAUCGCAUUUGGUUUCAUACAAAAUUUGCCUUUGGUAAAUACGUUAACAAUUGCAAAUGCAGUGGGUGCCGCAACUGCCAUGGGCUGCGGUGCAGGUCGAAAUGUUGCAACCUUGCAGAAAGUAAUAGAACUUGUGAGGGAAUCAAACAUUAACGAGGAUGAUGAAUUUUGGGAUGCACUAUUACUAAAAAACUUGAAUGCUCAGGAAAUUACUUUUCUUUCUAGAAUGGUCAUAAAUGGGAGCAACAGUCGAUUAAAUCGCGUUGCAUUACAAGAGGUGGUUUCCGAGUUGUUGCCCAAGCUCGAGUCUGCACAGCUGAAGGGAGAAGUAGUCUCUUGACAUUGUCGGAAACAUGUACUUUUGCCAUGAAUAUGAUUUUGAAAGAGCUAAUCCAUUUAGUCUCGUUUGCUCCGUAUUUUAGUAGAGCAGAACAUUGCCGCGAUCAAGAGCUGAAACUAUCAUUGGUAGAUGGUUGGACCAUUAUUCUUUAUAUUUAGAGGUAUGUAUAAUUUUCUUUAUGUUAGGCUUUUUUUUUUAUUAGGCUUUUUAGUUACUAAGUUAAUGUCUUUAAAUGAAGAUUCAGCAUAGAGAGAGCUCUUGUUUUUUCUUUUCAUGACCAUGUAAAGAUUGCACCAUUAUUCUUCUCAAGUUGUCGAUUUAAAUAGCUUGAGAUUAAAUUGUAAUUUAUAUUUUUGUUUA